CCCGGCCCACAGGCCAGGGGUUAAUUUAGCAGGAAAAAGGGGGCGGGAGGGACUGUAGGGGUAACCUGUCAGUUCGCCGCCAUGAACGUGGUUUUUGCGGUGAAGCAGUACAUUUCCAAAAUGAUAGAAGACAGCGGACCGGGUAUGAAAGUUCUUCUCAUGGAUAAAGAGACGACUGGCAUCGUGAGUAUGGUGUACACACAGUCAGAGAUUCUUCAGAAGGAAGUGUACCUUUUUGAGCGCAUUGAUUCUCAAAAUCGAGAGAUCAUGAAACACCUGAAAGCAAUUUGUUUUCUUCGACCCACGAAGGAGAAUGUGAAUUAUCUGAUUCAGGAGCUUCGAAGACCCAAAUACAGUAUAUAUUUUAUUUAUUUCAGUAAUGUGAUCAGCAAGAGUGAUGUGAAGUCAUUGGCUGAAGCUGAUGAACAAGAAGUCGUGGCUGAGGUUCAGGAAUUUUAUGGUGAUUAUAUUGCUGUGAAUCCACAUUUGUUUUCCCUCAAUAUUUUGGGUUGCUGCCAGGGUCGAAAUUGGGAUCCAGCCCAACUCUCCCGAACCACCCAAGGACUGACUGCUCUCCUUCUGUCUCUGAAGAAAUGCCCCAUGAUUCGGUAUCAGCUUUCAUCAGAGGCAGCAAAGCGACUUGCAGAAUGUGUGAAGCAAGUGAUAACUAAAGAAUAUGAACUGUUUGAAUUCCGGCGCACUGAAGUUCCUCCACUGCUACUUAUUUUAGAUCGCUGCGAUGAUGCCAUCACCCCAUUGCUAAACCAGUGGACGUAUCAAGCCAUGGUCCAUGAACUACUGGGAAUAAACAACAAUCGGAUUGAUCUUUCCAGAGUGCCAGGCAUCAGCAAAGACUUAAGAGAGGUGGUCCUAUCUGCUGAAAAUGAUGAAUUCUAUGCUAAUAAUAUGUAUCUGAACUUUGCUGAGAUUGGUAGCAAUAUAAAGAAUCUCAUGGAAGACUUUCAGAAGAAGAAACCAAAAGAACAACAAAAACUAGAAUCAAUAGCAGACAUGAAGGCCUUUGUUGAGAAUUACCCCCAGUUCAAGAAGAUGUCUGGGACUGUGUCAAAGCACGUGACAGUCGUUGGAGAGCUGUCGCGGUUGGUCAGUGAACGGAAUCUACUGGAGGUGUCGGAGGUUGAACAAGAGCUGGCCUGUCAAAAUGAUCAUUCUAGUGCUCUCCAGAAUGUCAAGAGGCUGCUGCAGAACCCCAAAGUGACGGAGCUGGAUGCCGCCCGGCUGGUGCUGCUUUAUGCUCUGCACUACGAGCGGCACAGCAGCAACAGCCUGUCAGGACUGAUGAUGGAACUCAGGAAUAAAGGGGUUUCCGAGAAGUACCGGAAGCUCGUGUCUGCAGUUGUUGAAUAUGGUGGCAAACGGGUCAGAGGAAGCGACCUCUUCAGCCCCAAAGACGCCGUGUCUAUUACCAAGCAGUUCCUCAAAGGACUCAAGGGAGUAGAAAAUGUGUAUACACAGCAUCAGCCUUUCCUGCAUGAGACCCUGGACCAUCUCAUCAAAGGAAAGCUUAGGGAAAACCUGUACCCGUAUCUAGGCCCCAGCACACUCAGAGACAGGCCUCAGGAUAUCGUCGUGUUCAUGAUUGGAGGAGCCACUUACGAAGAAGCACUAACAGUCUAUAACCUGAACCGCACCACUCCUGGAGUGAGGAUUGUCCUUGGAGGAACCACGGUGCACAACACGAGAAGUCAAGAAUGUGGAGUCCUGAUACCCAGAGGAGGAUCUUGAAGCAUAAUUUCAGGAAAGUCACUCCUUCCUUUGCACAUGCAGCAGGAUCUAGAGCCAACCAAAGGUCGCCUGAUAAAUUGCUAUUGGGUUUCUCAGCACCGUUAAUUACUGCUUAACCAGUUCUUACCAAAAGUCACUAAUCAAAGACAUCUUGUGUAAUCUUUCAAACAAAACGCAACGCUACCUCAUUUCCUGACACUUUUUUCUGACCUCCAACUGUCUUUACUUUCUGAAGAGGAAUAAUAGCAUCUGUUUCAUAGGUAGAUACACACACACACACACACACACAGAGCUUCAGGCAGUUCUCAGAACAAAAUACAAACAUCAUUACUAGGCCACAUUUAUGAAGGGCCUUGAAUUUUAAUCUACAUUAUUUUCUAAGCAAAACGAAUAUUUUAAAGCCGGGAGAAGUCUUAUAAAGGGGAGAGUAAGCAGUGGAAUCUACUCUGUAUUUUAGAAAAGUAACGCUGGUGUCACUUUCGGGUCUGCCUUGGAUGAGGGAGACGUUAGGGCCACGAGCAGCUACAGGACAAUAGAAGACUGGUGCUUGAGUGACGUGGUUCUGGGCUCCUGGCUAGACAUCUCAAACCUGAAACACCAGCCUUAACAGCUUUUGCAAGUUUAUUGAUAAAAAAAAAACAUAGCGAAACCUGGGGCGGAACACCAAGGGGCUUUCCCUCCAGUCAGGAGACGCCCGUGCUGGACCCGCGCCUCAGGCCAGUGCUGCCUGUUACCUCUUCGUCGGGUCACUUGUCAGGAGCAAGAUCGUCCAUGUUGGGAGAUGCUUUUUUUUGCUUUUGAGUAACCUCAA